GUACUUUGUCCAGUACAACAUGACAUUGCAGUGCCCGAUCACGUCGCGGUCCUGGACCAUCCACUCGCGCUACUCACUGCUGCGUCAGUUUCGAUUGCAUUUAGCAAAGCUCCACGCCGCGGCGCCGUCGCGAUCCCUUGCUCACGUGCUUCAGCUGCCCUUUCCCGACAAGACAUGGGACCCGGAGAGACCACGCACCAUUGCCGAGCGCAUGAGGCGAUUUCAGAGCUUUGUCGAGCAUCUCUGGAGCUUGUACACAAGCUGCGUUGUGCCCGUGGCUGGCGCGUCAAAGGAAGCGAAUGACGUCGUUCAAUGUCUCCGCGCGUUCUUGUGCGUGCCGGCGGCUGUGCUGGCGAUAUCGGUGCGAUGCGUCGACGCCAUGCCCCACACGAUGAGCCAAUGCGUGGUGUGCUUGGCCGAGUUUGAAGCCGACGACUUGAGCUCUCCGUCAACGGUGCUGGAGCUAGCCUGCGGCCACGUCCUCCAUCAAGUUUGCCUUCGGCAGUGGUGUGCGGUAGCAGCAACGUGCCCGACAUGCCGGUCUGAAGUGGGGCAUGUGACGCUCGUUGAAAUGUAA